AUGGCUAAGAAAAAGAAAUCUCCUAUCCUCGGCUUCCCCCUUAGUCCAAAUCACCUCCCAAAAUCUCGCCCACCCCCUAUUUCAACCCUCCCCUCUCCCAUCUCAAAACCCGACCUCUCAAAUGAGUCCUUGAAAUUGGACCAACCAGCGACUUCUAUGGCCACUGAAAAGUGCCCAAAUCCUGUUGAUGCUACCCGCUUGGAUUCGCCAGCCGCCUCUAGCACCAACGACACGGUCGUCCUCAACUCCGUAGAGAUCUGCUCUCCAGCUUCACAGGCCCCCGCCGACGAACCUGAGAAAUCCAGCAAGCCCUCCUGGACGGAAGUCCUGCCUGAGUGCACUCAGGAAGUUACAGUUACCUUUGUCUACGCAGUUAACAGUCCUACUGGGAGAAGAGAACUAUGGGAAGAUUUGGUGAACCUUUCUUCUAACCCGGUCACUUCCUCAACUCCGUGCCCAGCUUGUGUCGAGCUCGGUCGCUCCCUUGCGGACAACAACAGACCAUUCAAAUUCUUCAACUUCAUUGCUAAACACCAGGUUUUUUUGCCAAGGAUCUCGGCGGCAUGGGAGGAGCUUCGCUUCGAGGGGACGAAACUGUUCUGUCUGGUUAAGAAGUUGAAAGCGCUUAAGAGUAUCAUCAAAACCAUCAACCAUGAGCAGUAUUCAAAUCUACAGCUGAGAGUUCUGGAAGCGCUUGACAAACUCACCAUCUGCCAGCGCAACCUCCUCUCCUCCCCAACGCCCGCUAUAGCUGCUCUAGAAAAAGAGGCUCAGAAAGACUGGAUGGACCUUGCCGUUGCGGAGGAGCUCUUUCUGCACCAAUGCUCACGAGUGACUUGGGUUGAGUGUGGCGACAGGAACACAGCAUUUUUCCACCGUUACAUGGCAGUUAGGCGAUCAGCUAAUCAGAUCCACUACAUCCUCGACAGCUCGGGUGUUAAGCACGAAACAAUUCAGGAGAUCCAACGUUGCUGUGUGGACUUCUACAACAAUCUUCUAGGCGAAUAUCAGGCCCCCCUCACGGACCUGAUCCGGAAGGUUAUAGACACCCUCACUACAAUUGAGCUCCCAAAUCCCGAGAGAGGGGAGGAUCUCUACCUCUGGAAAACAGGUAACACACAUAGGGAUUUCUUCUCCACGGCUCAUACUUGGGAGGAAAUCAGACCGGUGUCUCCGCCCGUUCCUUGGCACAAAGCGGUGUGGUUCAAAGGCUACAUUCCUAAACAUGCCUUCACCUUUUGGGUGGCGCAGCUGGACAGACUACCUGUCAGAACAAGGCUAGUCAAAUGGGGCCAAAUCAACAACGCUUCUUGCUGUCUCUGCAACUUACAUGACGAGACCAGGGAUCAUCUCCUCCUCCACUGUGAGAUCUCUAUUCAGGUUUGGAAAUUAGUUUUCCGACGGCUAGGGGAGCCAACUGUCCUGCUUUUGAAUUGGUCGGGACUAGUCUCUUGGAUGUUGGACCCUUCUCCUCAGAUGCCUCUCAUCCUCAAGCUGCUUGCUGCCCAUGCCACCAUCUUCUCUAUCUGGAAGGAGAGAAAUUCGCGGCUACAUGAGAGUACUUCUCACACGGUGGACCAUGUGUUCAGGCAAAUUGACAGAUCAAUAAGGGAUUCAAUCUUGGCGCGAAACAGAACCAGGAACUCGGAUCUCCUAUCCUCCUGGUUCGUUUUCGAAUGA